AUGGCCGCCUCGUCCUCUUCCGGCUCUUCUUUCACUUCGUCCUCCCUCGGUCGCCCGCCUUCCUACGGUCAUCCCUAUGCGAGCCCCAUCGACUCGACCUGGACACCGACUUCGGGUGCCUCUACUAUCUCAGCUCUCACCUCCGAGGCGUCGGCACCCCAUGCCUCCCUCCGUCCUCUAGAUCUCGGUCCUCCGGGAUAUCAAGCAACCAUAACCCUUUUUGAAAAUACUCCCAACGAGCGCACUGUCUACCUGGGUCCCUGGGAGGUUGUCGGCUCCGAGCAGCGUCGCAUUCUUUGGCAGUGCAGCUACCAGAGCGAGCUCCUCGAACAUUUCCUCCCGACCGACGUCCCUGCCGAAAUAUUUCCACACACGCUCCAUGCACGCCACCGGCCCUACACGGAUCCCUGUGAGCUCGAACUCUACGUCAGCUUUCGCGAACCGCACCGGGUGAGGUACACAACAGGCGAGGGCGUGGUGAUGCACGAUCAUCUGAUGGAGGUCAAGUACGAGUUUACAACGGUCGAGGGCUCCAUGCGCUUCCAGGGCGACGUGCGCCGAAAAGACUUGAUCGACUACUACGAUGUGGAUGUGGUCUGGUCCGACGUGCACGGAAGAACAGACGGCUUUGGCAACAUACGGGGUAUGGGCUUGGUCCAGAGGCUGAAGCUGUGGAGAGAUCGCUACUCUACCUACCACUCGCUGACCAUAUUCGCCAAUCGCGCCGGCGGUCGCCAGCACCGGGAAUACGAGAUACACAACUUUGAGGGGGAGCUGCGGAAUCGAGACGAUCGGCAUCGCCAAGUACGGCUGACUGUCCGUGGAAACCGGCGCAGCAGUGCUCCGGACAACAACACGUCCCGGUCACGGUUCACAUUACACCGAAUGCGUCCGCGGGUUCGCUCCGGCUCAGGUGGCUCCAGCUCGGAAUCAGUCUCAUCGUCUGGCCUUCUUGAUAUGCGCUACUUGGGUAUUCAGUUCAGCAAGCGUGAAGGUAUGUACGGGCAGUAUGCCGCGUCCUGCGUACCCAGGACCAGGACCAGAGCAUCUUCAGAUGACGAAUAUCUGGUCAUGUCAGAUGGCGUCGGAUGCUGA